AACCAUCAUCAGUUGUGUUAAUCGACAAGCAUAGCAAUGGUUUCGAAAACUUUAUUUGGUCUCUUGGCCGUCCUCUUCUGUGCCCAAGCCGCAUUGGGUCUCACCAUCAUCUCGAAAUCCGAAUGGGGUGGUGCUGCUGCCACUAGUAAAACGUCCCUGGCCAAUGGCUUGUCAUAUGUGGUCAUCCAUCAUACUGCUGGCAACUAUUGCAGUACCAAGGCCGCUUGCAGCCAAGAAUUGAGGAACAUUCAGAGCUACCACCAGAAGACUUUGGGAUGGGCUGAUAUUGGUUACAACUUCUUGAUCGGCGGUGAUGGCAAUGUCUAUGAGGGUCGUGGCUGGAAUGUUAUGGGUGCUCAUGCUACUAAUUGGAACUCCAAUUCCAUUGGCAUCUCCUUCUUGGGUAACUACAACAACAGCAAACCCACUGCUGCCCAAAUCGCUGCUGCCAAGAGUCUUUUGGCCACUGCUGUCUCUCGCGGUCAAAUCAAAUCCGGAUACAUUUUGUACGGCCAUCGUCAAGUCGGAUCCACCGAAUGUCCCGGCACCAACUUGUGGAAUGAAAUUAGAACCUGGGCCAACUGGAAGGCUUAAUUUGUCCAUAAAUGUUUGUUAUACAUUUAAAAAAAAAAAAAAUCAAUAAAAUUUUCUGAGCUAUAAAGAGUA